AACGACUAUUUGCAAUCUCUACACGAUGCCACGGAUUGGGGAGCCUGUCUGGCUUACUAUGAUGUCGGGGACACCAGAGAAGAACCAGCUUUGCCAUCGCUUCAUGAAGGAAUUCACUUUCUUGAUGGAAAAUGCUUCUAAAAACCAGUUCUUACCAGCUUUACUGACUGCAGUCCUGACUAACCACUUGGCCUGGGUCCCCACCGUCAUGCCGAAUGGCCAGCCGCCUAUAAGAAUCUUCCUGGAAAAGCAUUCUUCGCAGAGCGUGGACAUGCUGGCCAAAACUCAUCCAUACAACCCACUGUGGGCACAGCUUGGUGACCUGUAUGGGGCUAUUGGAUCACCUGUGAGAUUAGCAAAAACAGUGGUGGUUGGCAAAAGGCAUGACCUGGUACAGAGAUUGCUUUAUUUCCUUACUUACUUCAUCAGAUGCUCUGAACUUCAAGAGACGCAUCUUCUAGAAAAUGGGGAAGAUGAAGCCAUUGUCAUGCCUGGAACUGUUAUAACUACCACACUGGAGAAAGGAGAAGUAGAAGAAUCUGAGUAUGUGCUUGUCACAAUGCACAAGAACAGGGGCAACUUGCUGCCGAUGGAGUCUGAAGAAAUGAGAACUCCUAACUGUAGCUGUAAAUAUUGCAAAUGUCCCAUUUCCCUUGCACAAAACAUAGAAGGUGUUUCACAGCAAGAGAGAGAAGACGCGCAAAACACUCCUAAGGUAGAGCUGGAAACUUCUUCAGAUGAGAACAGAACUAUUGUUCCUGACGAUUGCCAGGAAGAUGCUGUUGAUGUUAAGCCACCGAGACCCUGCCUAGACACAAAACUAGAGACCGUGGUGUGCACAGGGUCAGCUUCACCAGAAAAACGUGUGGUGACGGAAUCUGAUCUGGAGCCAACAGCAAACAUGUGGAGGAACGAAGACUCUCUGGAAUCGGGCAACCAGGCGGUCAGCGUAACAAGGUCACCUGGUAUUGCUGUGGAAAAGAAGCCGCCGGAUAAGCUCUUCUGCGAUGCGUUUCCUUGCAGUGCUGCUGAAGCUCAGACAAAGGUGACUUUCCUCAUCGGAGAUUCCAUGUCACCCGAUUCAGACAUCGAACUCAGAAGUCAGGCAGUAGUGGAACAAAUCGCUAGGCAUCACAGCCCGCCAGCAACGGAGGAAGGAGUGUCUGCUGAUCAGAACUGUGAAGCUAAACAAACUGUCGAGGACCAAAAUAGAGACUGUGGGACAGCUGAACCCUUUCCUCAAGUUGCUAGUGAGCAUCAGAGCUGGAAUCCAAAUCCAUACAACGCUGAGAGCAUGAGUCUGUUUGAUGAAUAUUUUACUGAUGACAGUUCAAUUGAAACCCGGACUAUUGAUGAUAUUCCAGGGCAAGCAGCUACAGACCUUCUUGCUCACAACAGUAGUUUAGGGUUUUCUAAAAAGCUGUGUACAAAGACUAGCAAACCACCUAGUGAGUUUUGUAAAUUUAUGGACUCUGUUCGACAAGAGACCUACAAAAACUGCUUUAAUGAGCAGGACCAAAGAGAGAAAAUCUCUAUUCGCGUCCCCCAUGGGGACAGAGAAAACGUAGAGAAAAAAGUCGCCCCGGGAAUUGAUUGGGACAUUCCAAGAAAUGAGAGUUCAGAUAGUGCCCUGGGUGACAGUGAAAGUGAGGAUACAGGUCAUGAUCUAACUAGACCAAGCGGUAACUAUUAUGGAGGAGAGCAGGAAGAUUGGGCAGAAGAAUAUGAGAUUCCCUUUCCUGGGUCAAAAUUAGUUGAAGUGAACUCUGUCCAGCCCAGUAUUGCCAAUUUUGGAAGAUCCUUACUAGGUGGCUACUGUUCGUCUUAUGUCCCUGACUUUGUUUUGCAAGGAAUAGGAAGUGAUGAAAAGCUGAGGCACUGUUUGGUGUCAGAUUUGUCUCAUGCUGUGCAGCAUCCUGUUCUGGAUGAACCGAUUGCAGAAGCCGUCUGCAUUAUUGCAGACACGGACAAAUGGACGGUGCAAGUGGCCAGUAGCCAGAGGCGAAUGAUUGAUAAUAAGCUGGGAAAAGAAGUGUUAGUCUCGAGUCUCGUCUCCAACCUGCUUCAUUCCACUCUUCAGCUUUACAAGCAUAAUUUAUCUCCAAACUUCUGUGUUAUGCACCUGGAAGAUCGGCUGCAGGAGCUCUAUUUCAAAAGCAAGAUGCUGUCCGAGUAUCUCAAGGGCCAGAUGAGAGUUCACGUCAAGGAGCUGGGCAUGGUGCUGGGGAUUGAAUCCAGCGACCUCCCUUUACUGGCAGCUGUAGCAAGCACUCACUCUCCAUACGUUGCCCAGAUACUUCUUUAA